CCUACAUAACCUCUCUCGCUCCUGCCGCCGCCGCUUCCUUCUCCACCCCUCUCGCCGCCGCCGCAGACGCAUCCCAUCCGCCGCGAGGCCCCCCGCUCGCCGGUUGCAGCCAUGGUGAAGUACUCGAGGGAGCCGACCAACCCCACCAAGUCCGCCAAGGCCAUGGGCCGGGACCUCCGUGUUCACUUCAAGAACACCCGUGAGACAGCUUUUGCCCUCAGGAAGUUGCCACUCACAAAGGCCAAAAGGUACCUUGAGGAUGUGAUUGCCCACAAGCAGGCCAUCCCCUUCCGCAGGUACUGUGGCGGUGUUGGGCGUACUGCUCAGGCUAAGUCGCGCCACUCAAAUGGACAGGGACGCUGGCCCGCCAAGUCUGCUAGAUUCAUUCUUGAUCUUCUAAAGAAUGCUGAGAGCAAUGCUGAGGUCAAAGGUCUUGAUGUCGAUACCCUGUAUGUGUCGCACAUUCAAGUAAACCAGGCUCAGAAGCAGCGGCGCAGGACCUACCGUGCUCACGGACGCAUCAACCCUUACAUGUCCUCCCCGUGCCACAUUGAGCUGAUCUUGUCGGAGAAGGAAGAGCCAGUGAAGAAAGAGGCGGAGUCUCAGAUUGCGACCAGGAAGGCUUAGAGAAGGGAGCUCUGCGGUCUUAGAGUGGAUUGUAGGUUUGUCUUUGCCUAAGUGAAAAUUUUGGCAGGUUAUCUGUGGCCUCCUCUCCUUUAUCAGUGUACUGCUAGCUCGUACUGUCACCUUGAUCGUUGUCUGUACUGCCUAUACAAUUCGAAUCUAUGGAUGAAGUGUUUGUCGAUUCUUUUCAUAUUUAUAACGAUGGUGAUGUGAACGCUC